AUGUCACGGAGAUACGAUUCCAGGACAACCAUCUUUUCCCCCGAAGGUCGACUCUACCAGGUUGAAUAUGCGUUAGAAGCCAUCUCGCACGCCGGUACCGCCCUCGGUAUCUUGGCCAAGGAUGGAAUCGUCCUCGCGGCAGAGAAGAAGGUCACUAGCAAACUGCUGGAGCAGGACACAUCUGCGGAGAAGCUCUACACACUGAACGACAACAUGAUUUGUGCGGUUGCUGGUAUGACGGCAGACGCGAACAUCCUUAUCAAUUAUGCCCGACAGGCCGCCCAGCGGUAUCUUCUCACCUACAACGAAGAGAUCCCUUGCGAGCAACUUGUCCGCCGUCUGUGCGAUCUGAAGCAAGGAUAUACCCAGCAUGGUGGUCUCCGUCCAUUCGGUGUGUCGUUCAUCUACGCAGGCUAUGACCCUCUUCGGGAGUUCCAGUUGUACCAGAGCAACCCCAGUGGUAACUAUGGUGGCUGGAAAGCAACCAGCGUGGGAGCAAACAACGCAAGCGCUCAGAGUCUGUUGAAGCAAGAUUACAAGGAGGACUGUGACCUGAAGGAAGCUUGCGCCAUGGCUGUCAAGGUCCUGAGCAAGACAAUGGACUCGACCAAGCUGAGCAGUGAGAAGAUUGAAUUCGCUACGGUGGGCAGAACGCCGGAAGGCAAGAUCUACCACCAUCUGUGGAAUGCCGACGAGAUCAAUGCUCUCCUGAAAGAGCAUGGAUUGGCCAAGGUUGAUGACGAGCCCGAGGCUGGCGAGAUUAAAUAA